AUGUAUAUGAAAGUAAACCAGCCGAGAAAUCAGUUGACUCGGCAGUGAUGUUUGGGAAUCACCAGAGCCUGAUGUGGUUGAGCUUGAAGAUCCAGCUGGAAUCACCUGGCUACUUAUGGUAAAGAGUAUACAAAAAAAGAGGAGAAAAAAAGACGAAUAGCAUGGGAAAAUAAUCUACUUGAAAUUCAUGAGCAUAAUUUAAAAAAAAAAGCUGGUCUUUAUAAAUUUAUUUUAAAAGCUAAUCAUUUGGCAGAUUUAUCAACAAACGAAUACAACAAAAAAUGGGUUAAACUAAAAGUAAGUAGAAAAAGACGAAUAUGUGGAAAUGAUAUUGUCGGUGCAGUAUUGGAUGAUCCAAAAAAAAUUCCAAAAAGUAUAAAUUGGCGUGAUAAAGGUUUUAAUCCAGACCCAGUUGAUCAACAAAAUUGUGGUAGUUGUUAUGCUUAUUCAAUUGUGGGUAGUAUACAAGGACAAAUAUUUAAAAUGACAAAUAAAACAAUUAAUCUUAGUGUACAACAGCUUGUUGAUUGUAGUUCAACAUCUGGUAAUUAUGGAUGUUCUGGUGGAUCAUUAAAAAAUACACUGAGAUAUCUUGAAAGACAAGGUGGUCUUAUGAAAGAAGAGUCAUAUCCAUACAUAGCACAGGAAAGUUCUUGCAAAUAUCAGCAUAAAUUAAAAUUUGUUAAUGUAACUUCAUGGGGAAUUUUAACAGCUCGUGAUGCACGUAAACUUGAAAAGGCUCUUGUUGAAAUUGGACCAAUUGCUGUAUCAAUAAAUGCAAGUCCAAAAACAUUUCAACUAUAUGAUCAUGGAAUUUAUGAUGAUCAAGCAUGCAGUUCCGAUCAGGUUAAUCACGCAAUGUUGCUUGUUGGUUUUACAGAAGAAUAUUGGAUAUUGAAAAAUUGGUGGACUGAUAAAUGGGGUGAAAAUGGAUACAUGCGUGUUGCUAAAAAAAAUAAUCUUUGUGGAAUUACAAAUUAUGCUGCUUUUGCAAGAAUUAGUAUAAUUUCUCCAAACUUUUAAUAAUAAUAAUAAUAAUAAUAAUAAUAAAAUUUGUUUUUUUAAUUUCAAUAAAA